AUGGUAUAUCAGGGGGUCGAUCAUGAUAAGAAAAAAAACGUUAAUGUCAAGUGCAGUGUUAACAUAUGCACUAACACGACCAAGAAUUCAAAUUGCAGUUUUUUUCGUUAUCCUAAAGAUGUUGAAAGGGCGAAGGAAUGGGCUAUAGCAUGUCUUCGGGAAGAUCUUUUAUCUAAGGCACACAUAUUGUAUAACUGCUGUAGAGUUUGUAGCGAUCAUUUUGAGAGUAUUAUGUUUCUGAACGAUUUAAGAAAUAGAUUAUGUGCUCAUGCGAUUCCGACAUUAAAUAUUAUAAAUAAAAGUAAUAAGGAACAAAAUGAUCAUGACUAUGUUAAGAGUAAAACAGAUGUGGCAGUACUAUCAUCGUUACCUAUCCAUGUUUAUAAAUCAACACCUCUAUCGCCUUCACAGAGUACAAAAUUCGUGUUACUAAAUUUGCCAAUUACUUCUACCUCACAUGUAACUAAUAAAUUGGAGAAUGUUCCAAUAAAGCGGGAACUAACAUCGAUACAAACAAAUAUACAUGCUGUACCUCUUCAACCUUCAUCGGGACAUCAUAAUCAACUUCACAAUUUUACAAAAUCUUCAGUUCAUUGUACUUUGGAGCCUCCAACAAAAAAACAAAAAUUAAUGUGUUUUCAUGAAGUACAAACUUUUAAACAUCAAUCAUUAACAUCUCAAGCAAACAAAAGUGUUCAAACAUCAUCUGCAUUGAUACAUUGCAAUCCACUUCAACUCAAAUUGCAAAGAAAAAUAAGAAGACUUGAAAAAAAAUUAAUUAAAAUAGAUAAUAAAAAUACAAAGUUAAAAAUUAAUCAAUUACAAAAAGCAAGUUUGGAUGAUUUUAAAAAUUUAUGCGACAAAUUUUUGCCUUAUGACAUAGCUGUAUUCGUUAAAGAGCAACUUUUACUUUAUACCAGAAAAAUGCAUGGCCAAAGAUAUUCCACAGAAUUUAAAGAAUAUUGUCUUAAUCUCUUUUUUAAAGCGCCAAAAAUGUAUCAGACUUUAUCUUCAGUUUUCUAUUUGCCAUCACAAACAACAUUAAAUAGAAUUAUUAAUAGAAAGUUGAUCACAAAAAGUGGCAUAAAUCAAAAUAUCUUUGACAUUAUUUCGAUAAAAACAAAAAAUAUGAAAGAAGCAGAUACAUAUUGUAUAAUUUGUAUUGAUGAGAUAUUAAUAAAACCUUAUUUGUAUUAUAAUACAAGUAAAGAUGAAAUUAUAGGUUUGGUUGAUGAUGGUCGAUGCAAAUUAUUCAAUCCAGCAAGGCGAGCUUGUGUUUUUUUUGCGCAAUCAAUAUUUGGCAAUUGGAAGCAACCAUUAUUAUAUGUGUUUUCUGCAUCUAUGACUAAAUAUAAAAUUUUGAACAAACUGUUAAUACAAUGCAUUAUUAACUUGCAAAAUAUUAAUUUGAAAGUUGUGGCUGUAGUUUGUGAUACGGGCUUUAAUAAUAUGCAGUUGGCGGAUCAACUUGGAAUUACACAAGAAAAUCCUUUCUUUGUAAUAAAUAAUGCUACCAUUUUUUUUAUUUAUGAUGUGCCAUAUAUACUUAAGACGCUUCGGAACAUGUUUUUAAAAUAUAAGUUUAGAUUUUUGGAAUACUUCACUUCGGUUAAGUAUAUUGAAGAAUUUUAUAAACAAGAUUGCAAAUUUAAUUAUCGAUUAGCACCAAAAUUAACAAGUUCACACAUCAAUCCAAGUUCUCUUGACAAAAUAAACGUUCGAUAUGCAGCUCAAUUAUUAAGUACAUCGGUUACAACAGGUAUGAAUAUGUAUAUUUAUUUUAAUAGAUUACCUAUUGAAGCUACAGGUACAGCCAUCUUUAUUGAUCGAAUCGAUAAAUUGUUUGAUAUCUUAAAUUCAACUAAAAAAUAUAAUGGAGAAAAAAAGUAUGCUCAUGUUUACAAAGGACAAGAUUUUCAAAUUGAAUUUUUAAAUGAUUGUCUUCAUUUCUUUGAAUUAUUACAAGUUAUUGAUACUACAGGAUUAAAUAUAACUAAUGGUAUGAAAUUUAUUCCAGCUUGGAAAAUUACCAUUUCUUCUAUACAAAAAAUAUGGAAUUUUGUGGAAUCGAAAGGAUUUCAAUUUCUUCCAACGAGAAAACUAAAUAAAGAUGCACUUGAAGAUUUUUUUGAUAAGAUUCGUUUGAAAGAAGGAAAUUGUUUAAAUCCGACAUCGAUUUCUUUUGUCAGAAUGUUUAAACAUUUACUUUGUAAAAAUUUUUUAAAUAUUGAUCACGAAAAUUUUGAAGAAGAUUUUAAUAAUAUUUUAGUAGAAAUUAAGGAUUUAAAAAAAAUUGAAAAUAUUAAAUCUGAAGAAGAAAUUGAGGUUUUUGACGAUCUUACUACUGAUGAUACUGAUUAUCAAAAACUUGAAUUAAUAGAAAAAGAUACGAUUAAAUAUAUUUGUAGAUAUUUAAUAAAAAAAUGUCUAACAAAACAUACAUGCACUAUUUGCGAAGAUUACAGUACAAAUUAUAUUGAAUUUGACGAUUGUUCUGCUUUCUCUUUCUUUAAAGCAGACAACAUGAAUUUUUCUGAUAUUGAAAAUUUUCACACGCCAGAUUUUAUUUAUUAUAUUUGUAGUUUAGAAGCCAUUUUUAUUGACCAUUUUGAAAAAUUGGUUGUUGAACAGAAUUUUAUUAAAAAUCUUUUAGUAGAAUUCAACAAAGUCACUCUCAUCCAUCCAUGUGAUCAAUUUCCACAAAUGUAUUUGAAAAAACUCUACAGCAGAAUGCAAUUAUAUUAUACGUUAAAAUUUAUUAAUCGCAAUUUUAAAUCGCCAAUGAAUCCAGAAAGGUUGAUUAUAUGGAGACAUGAAUAAUUUGUAUUUUUUAAAUUUUACUUUCCAUUACUAAUAAAUGUUAUAUUU